CGUGAGUGAGUGAGUACACAAUGCGCGCGCUCCUCUCUCCAUAUCUCUGACACUUAAAUUAAUUCUCCGGCUCCGCGAGACUAGACAUGCAUUACAGCACGCGCACAAUCAGCGGUGAAAAGCUCCGAACAUGCUCGCCGUUAACCAUCAAAUGACACCAGACACGUGCUGUCAUAUUUAGCCGCUCUUAAACCUAAAUUAAAUCACAGCGUAAGAAAAUAGCGUUGUCGCGCACCGGAGUGACUUGUUAACGAGCCUGUUUGUGUUUGCACGCUGCAGUCAGUUGCUGCACGUUGUAAAAUGAGGUUGGGAAGCAUCAUUUUAUUCGUCGCUCUCUGCUCUUUUACUGCUUAUUAUAUUUAUGAACCCAUUCCCGAAGAGAUAGAAGAGAGAUGGAAACUCAUGCUGACCAACUCUUUCUUCAGAAGUCUCAGCCAUCUGGCUCACUUCAGUGAAUUAAUAGGAUUCAAGGACUACAUGGGGGUAAUGUACUUGAUUACUUUGAUCGAAAAGGUAGUGCCUGUGUCUGAUGAGCAUGUCCAAGUAACAGAGGAGAAGUUUGAUGGAGUGGAAGUGGUGUUGUACCAGCCAAAGCACCAAGGUGAUGAUACUGAGCUCAGGAGAGCUGUCAUUUACCUGCACGGUGGAGGGUGGUGUCUGGGAAGUUCCCGAAUGAGUCCCUAUGAUCUCCUGGCCAGAAAAAUUGCUGCUGAGCUCAAUGCAGUGGUUCUUUCUGUAGAGUACCGCCUUGCCCCUGCCCACCACUUUCCUGUCCCAUAUGAGGACGUCUACCAUGUGGUCAAACACUUCCUCCAGAAGGGGGUGCUGGCAAAGUACUCUGUGGACCCAGGACGCAUCGCUGUAUCAGGAGACAGUGCCGGGGGAAACCUGGCAGCCGCCGUCUCCCAGCAGUUGUUGAAAGAGCCGGGACAGCAGGUUCAUUUGAAGGUCCAAGCACUUCUUUACCCAGUUCUGCAAGCCCUAGACCUCAACACGCCCUCCUAUCAGCAGAAUCAGCACAUGCCAAUUCUGCCCCGUUCCCUCAUGGUGCGUUUCUGGAGCGAGUACUUCACCACUGACAAAGCGCUCUUCAGAGCAAUGAUGGCCAACACCCAUAACAGCCCUGAGUCUUCCAGCCUGCUGAAGUUUGUCAACUGGAGCGCCUUCUUACCAGAAGCGUACCACAGACAGUACAACUACACGGCUCCUGCUGUGGUGCAGGGAGUGGGAGGAGAGGCAGUCGGGGCCGAUGGACCAUCACAGUCUUUUGCUGAUCCGAGGGCUUCGCCCCUGCUGGUUCCAGAUGCAGCCUUACGCUCUCUGCCCAAGACCUACAUUCUGACAUGCGAGUAUGACGUUCUUCGAGAUGAUGGGAUCAUGUAUGCCACACGGCUAAAUUCAGCUGGUGUUGAGGUGACGCUCGAACACUAUGAAACUGGAUUUCACGGAGCGCUGAUGUUCACUGUAUGGCCAACUGACUUCCUGAUUGCAGAACGCAUGACAGAAAACUAUGUCAAAUGGCUCAAAGAAAACUUAUGAAAAACACAUAAUUGUUAAUGAUUCAUUCCAGUUUUUCCACACAACACACCACUAAUUGUCUCAUUUUCUUUGGUCAUAUUAUUUUCUUGUAAAUAUGUUAAGUAAUACAUAAGGUUCUCGAAUUUUUCCACGUAUACAUUUCAGAAUAUCUGAUAGAGAUAGAGAACAAGAUUUCAGAAAAAUAGGUCAGAUUUUUUUACAUGGUCAAAUGUAUUAUUAUAAGACAACAUAUUUAAGGUACGGCAAAACAAUUUCAAAACAACGCAUAAGACGUAAUCAGUAAAUUAGGAAUUUUAUGUAUGCUAAGUGAGUAACAUUAACAAAACAAGAAAUCUUUAUGACGUUACUGAAUCCAAUAAGAUUGUCUGCAGACGUAAGUUUCAGAAUCAACUGCACUGAUUUUGAUUUAACAUCAUAUACAUUAUGUUCAUAAAUGGCAAGUAGUAUCCUAUUAAAAACAGACACAUUUUCAAGAGGAAGUAACUUUGAUUGUCUUUACUCUGCAGUUAUCUCAUUAUCUAAGCUAUAAUAUUAUGUUCCCAAGUCUUAUUCUA